GGGAUGAGAUUUAUACAAGUGCCCAAAAAAGAACAACCAGGUGAAAGUAAAAAACGAGAGAAGGUCAGUCAGCCAAAGCCGCAGAAGAGAAGAGAAACAGGGAAACUUUGAGAGAGAGAGAGCAUUAAUUCAUUUUCUGAUAAGGGGCUCCUUGUUUGUUUCUCUUCCGGAUAACAUACAUUUGUAGAAAUCUUAAAUUUUUCCUUCUUUUUGUCGCCGCCGAUUAUGGUGAAUUUCCGGUAGCUGCUAGAUAUUGAGUGCUAGGAAGAGGUGGUCAAAAUUUAUGGAUAUAAAUAGAGAAGGAAGGAGAUCAUCAUCAAACAUGGCAGCCUCUAACGGAUUAUCAAGACGGAGACAGCAGAGAACUACAAGAGAUUCUACUGAGGAUGGACAAAUAGUGGCACAAGAAUCGGCGAGGCUGAGAGAUAGAGGAGGGAGUAAGAGGGAAAGAGAUCGAGAAUUGUUGAGUAGGAAUAAGCGUAGUAGAAGAGGAGGAGGAGGAGGUGGGGGAGAUAGGUCGGUACAAGGAAGUAAUAAGGAAGAAGGAGAAGAGACUACAGAAGAAAGCAUCGGUUACGAAGAUGGUUAUGAAAUUGAAGACGGAGAGGUUUCUCGGUUGCGGCCGCCGCUGGGAGCUGUAAAACAAGUUCCCGGAUCUAGAUUCGCUGCUGACGAAAUGAUUGGUGUCUCUGUACCUAGAAAGGCCCGGUCAGCUUCUGUGAAGAGGUCACAUGAGAGUUGGGUAUCAGGAAAUGGUGGGUUUGGUUGUGAAGACAGGCUAGCUUCGACUUCACCGGCGGCGAGCAGGAGCUUCGAGGCUGCAUCGCCUUCUUCGUCGAUUGUUUCGGUCAUAAAAAAGACGAAAUCAAGUGGACCCAAGACUCCGCUUCCAAAAGUGUCGAAAUCUUCUACAAAUUCAGUUCAGGAAGAUUUUGAGAUUGAGAUCGCAGAAGUUUUGUAUGGUUUAAAGAAGCAACCACACGGGCCUAAGAACGAGGAGAAGGCUGACAAUGGUUCGCGGAAGAUUGAUUCAAUGGAUUCUAAUGGAAUCGUUCAUGAUUCUAAAUCAUCUCCGAAUUCAAACUUUUCUCGGACAUCGAUAUUGAGUCCAAAUAAUCCCUCUGCUUCGGAUACUUUAAUUGGUUUAGCAUCGAAGAAGCAAAAGAUGGAUGCUGAUUCAGUUAUGGUUCAUAAUAGUUUAAUCGCUUCUGCAUUUACAGGUGAAAGGGAGGAUGCAAAAAUGGAAUUUUCUGCAAUGAAAUCGGGGAAACCAUCAUUGUACUCAGAAUCAUGUGAGGUUUCACAUGACAUGGUUGCUUCUAAACUUGCGUCUGGGUUGGAGUCACAGGAGGAAGUAAUGACACAACAGGAUUCAAAACCGGCAAUUGAAGAAUCUGGGGUAUCGACUAAGGAAAAAUCUGUAUUGCCAGAAGAGAAAUCACCUGUGAGCAAAAAAUUGGAUGUUGAUUUCCGUGAUUCUGUUUUGAAAAAAUCGACCUCAACUGUGUCAAAGGUCGACAGCCAGCGAGAGGAGAAGUUCGAGAUCGAUCUGAUGGUUCCUCCUCCCAUGGUGUCUUCUCCAGAAUGGGAUGGCUUUGUUGAUUUGUCUUCGAAUCCUAAGCCCGCAGCCCAAGAUGUGGAAAUGAAAAUGGAAAAUAUGGUUAAGAAUAAAGAAUUGGUGGACAGUCCGGUGAAGAAGGAAGGGGUUCUCUUUGAAGAUAAGGUGACGAAGACAGUUAGAGAAAAGCGUGGAUUAAAACUUGAUUUUGAGAAGCCGGAGCGCAAUGUGCAGCAGAAACUGCAACCUAAAGCUACUGUUCCUAAAGUGGAGACAGCUGCUCAAUCUGGUUCGUUGCCUUUGCCAAUUGCCAUACCUAGCUGGCAAAGCAGCAAUCUCUUGCCUCUGGGAUACACGACUUCCUUUCAGACAGUUGUGCCCAUGGAUGGGACAACCAGGUCAUCCAAGGCAUUACAGCCUCCACAGUUUAUCCCUCAAUCUCGGCCAAAGAGAUGUGCAACCCAUCAUUAUAUCGCUUGCAACAUUCGCUUGCAACAGCAAUUUACACAGAUGAACCAUUUCUGGCCGUCCACAGCUGGCUCUGCUACUCUAUGUGGAGCCAAACCCAAGAGCCUCAAUGCAAUGCCUUCUGCGGAAAACAUGAUAAUCAGACACCCAUCGCAAGGUAGCUUUCCAGUUGUGAAUCUAAAUUCUGCCCAGGACAAAGUGCAGGCGGUGCCAAACUUUCCAGAUUUUACUCGAAAUGAUAGAGGCUCUGAGAGUGCCACCUUGAUAGAUACAGCAGCACAGAAGAAGCAGCUUGUGCUCCAUCAGCCUCCACAGCCAGCCCCAGCUGGUAAUUUAAUGCAUGGCCCUGCUUUCAUCUUCUCCCUCAAUCAGCAUCAAGCGUCCAUAGCAGCAAUGACAAGUCAAACUGGGCCUUCUAAAUCUGCUUCCCCAAUCAACAAUGAAUCAUUGUCUGGCAGUGCUGUAGCUGGAGUAACGACAAACUCUUCAGCAUUGCCUGGGAUGGCUGCAGCUGUGAGCUUUGGUUACCCAAAUUUGGCAGCCAAUGAAGCUCCAUACUUGACAAUUCUACCAAACAAUGGUUAUCCAUAUCCCAUCUCCACUCCUGUUGGAAACCCAACAUUCAGAGGUGGAACCGCUGCUCAAGCAUUGUCUUUCUUUAACGGGUCUUUCUACUCAUCUCAGAUGUUACAUCCAUCCCAGCUUCAGCAGCAACAACCUCAACCUGUAGUCCAACCAGGACAUCAGAAUGCAAGUACUUCAAGUGGCUCAUCAUCAUCUCACAAGCAACCCCAAAGUCAGCAACGGGGGGCACAUGUUAGCACCAAUAACUUUUUGACCUCGACAAUGAUGCAGUCACAGCAGGCGCCAAGGACUAGUAUACCUUCCCAUCACACUCGGAAGCUUGACUCUGGGAUGAGUGGGGGGGAGAGCACCCCAAUAAUUGCUGAUACCCAAGCCUCUCACUCGAAAAAGAGUGUUAAUGGCCCUAAUUUCAUGAUUCCUCUUCAGCCAAACUUUGGUUUAGUGGCUUCUACAAAUGUUGGUGGCGGUGGAAAUCAUGGUGAAAAGCAGCAGCAGCAGCAACAAUUGUCACAGGAAAAGAAUUUAAAGGGUGGAGUAGAGCUUAUCCCCUCUCAAGCAUUUGCAAUGUCAUUCGCCUCUUUCAAUGGAAGCAAGACAGCUUCAAACCUUAAUUUCUCAGCUAUGGCACAAAAUCCUACCAUCUUACAAAGCUUCCCAGACAUGACAUGGCAGGGGUACCAGGUUGUAUCAGCAGCUCAGGCGACACAAAAGAAGAACCACCAGCUGUCUGAAGGGAAGACUGGAGGCAGUUCAACCAAUCCUGACGAUGUAAAAAAAGCUACAAUGGGAAGGCCAUCUACAAGUAUUGGGAAGGCACUUAUUUUCGAUAAUUCAGCUAGAACUCUCGACUUUGUGCCAUCUCCUUUCACUGGGCACUGGCCUUCUCGCUCCAUCACCGGACCUACAAGCAUUCAAAUGGCUGCUAACUCAAGCACAACUUCUCAGCAACAACAGCUAGUUCACCUUCAGAAGCAUCAUAUUUUGCAGCAGCCUUUUGGUGCAGCCGAAAUUAAAGCACCAACAUCCAGCAGCCUGCCUUCGCCCUCCUUUGAUGCCAAGUUUUCAAAUAAUACUCCCAUUUUUUCUCAAACUCAAGCUCAGGCAAGUACUCCACAAAAUCCCCAGUGGAAGAACUCGUCCAGAACCCCUUCCACUCAAUCCCCACUUGCAUCUCUCUCAACAUCCAACACAGUUCAUAAGAAUGCUUCCCAGCAGCAAGGAAGAGCACCACAAGGCCGUAGCCAAAUAUCAUUUGGGCAAAGUUCCAAGUCUGCUUUGCCACCACAAGGGCAACAAAUAUCCUCUAGUAACCAUUCUCCAUCUAGUGGUGGCAACUCAAUAACAACUUCAAAGAAUGCCAACGCUAAUUCAUCUGUUCCUGUUACACAGCCACAGCAGUGUGACAACUCCUCAAGUGGGAAUGCCCAGAAGUCCUCCCCGGUUUGUGGUAGGAAUGUGCCAUCAAUCUUAAGCACAUGCCCCAGCCACCUUUCUGAGCUGAAGUACUAGAGUCGUUUUCGACAGAAGCCCAUCUAUUUGAUGUGUUCGUCAAGGACCGGUUGCUCCAACUGCCAUCCGGGUCUCAAAUCUGGAUGGUGCAAAUGAUGGCUGUGGCCAAUUUAAAGGCGUUCUGCAAUUUGCUCUGCUUCUAUCAUUGCUGCCUCAUUUUACAGUGUAAUCUUGUAUCAUUUCUUUCAUGCUCAAAUCCCAAGCCAUGAGAUCUGGAUAGCAGGACUAGAAAACAGUUGAUUGUCUCCCUGAGGAUUUUGGGGUCUUGCAUUAUACAAGUAGAGGGAGGCUAAUUCUUGGUGGGGAACCGGCAAUUGAAGGCAUCUGCCGGCAUUUCGUGGAUCAAUGAAUUAUUGGUGGCGAGGAAUUCAUUGCAGGUGGGAUUUUUUGACGAAGGUAGAACUGUUCUUAUCAUACGUGGAUGUCUGAGCGCCACUUUGCCUUGAUGAGUUUGGCAAGGAUGUAAGAAGACAGGACUGUGGAAAGGGGAGAUAGGGUUCAUAUUAGGCGUACAGUUUCUGAAGUUAAUUUGGCUGGGACCUGCCAUAUUUGAACAUCAUUCAUCGGCAGACCUAUCAUCUAGUUGCACGUAAGGUGGUUCGCAGUGACAUUUAAGGUUAUUGGUAGUUGAUAGGGUCCAAUUUAAUUUGAUUUAUGUAAUGUGAUGCUGAUGUGUAAAUAUGAUGAGUGGUUAACAUAGAAUUGUAGGCAAUGUCCCUGAGAGUUACAUUCUUUGAUUACUUAAGGCUGAAUAUUUUGAAUGCAUUUAUGC